AUUUUUGAACAUAUUAACAUCAAAUCUCUUUUCUUCCUCUUCUCCCUCUGCCUCCACCAAUCACUACCCAGGAAUGAAUCACCUAUUACAGAAACAACUCCAGAUGGCACUCUAGGAGCUAAAAGGACUCCCAUGAGGAUGAAUGUAACAUCUGGAAGCCUAGAAGCACUUGGUGGAGAUGUGUCUAGAGGAGACCUGGAAACAUCUGAUCUGAUCACUUGUAUAGCAGAUCUUCAGUUCAACAAUCAAAAACUCCAAGAAGAGAACAGCCAGUUGAAGCAGUCUUUGGAUGCCAUGGAAGAGACCAACAACAGACUAAUGGAAGAGAGUGGGGAACUGCACAGCCAGAUAAAAAGUUUCCAGCAAUCUCUCUCUCGAAUUAAGGCUCUAAAAGAGGAGUUGGAAGAAGCAAAGAAUAACUUCAGUGCUUCUGAAGAAAAAAGAUUGAAGAUUGCAGCCCAGAAUAAACAGCUAGAAAAAGAUAAUCAGGUCCUCAUUCUCAAGAUUUCAUCUCUACAAGAGGAGAACAUCAGGAAUGCUCUGGAUUCAGAUGGUCUUGAGAAGAAGAUUGCGGAGUUGUCCAGAAAUGUAGCUGAACUCCAGAUGCAAGUGCAUUUGUAUGAAAACAUGCUGGGGAGCAAGGAUGCAUCCCUCCUUAAGAAGGACUUGGAUAUCCAGGAACUGAAGUCUACUCUUAAGGAAUACACCUCAGUAAUAGAGACUUUGCGUGUAGAGAAAAAUAAACUGGUGAACAACAUUCAGCAAAUGCAACAGGAGCUUAUUUCGAAUGGGAUAAACUUCCCCUUAAUGUACAAGUUCAACAACAGCAUCAUUGAAAGUACCAACUCCCUGCAAUGUGAACUGGAUCUUGCUCAAGGACAAUCCGAGGUUCCUGGAAUUGAAUGGACUGCACUGGAUGAAACCCGGGACAGGGACGUCUCGCUACUCCUGCAAGGACCAGAGCAAGUGGGAGAAAAAUUUAAGGCUACUAUCCAAGACCUGCAAGCAGAACUUUUAGAAAUGGAAGAAUUGACCAGGCUGACUCUACUUUGGGCAACAAACUCUGAAGAAAGAAUGCAAGACUGCUAUGAGAAGAAAUUAGAUGAUAUCAUAGACAGCCUGGGGGAUAAAAGAACCAUCUGGAUUGAGAAACUUGAUCUCUUGAAUUCGCAAAAGGAAUCCUUGGACAAAGAGUUUAUAAAGAUGGCAGGAAACCUGAGGAGAAUGAGAACCGAACAGCUCCACUUAAAGAGAGCACUUUCCUCCAGGGAGGAAGACCUAGAAUCAGUCAAACAACUGAAAGAGAAUGCGGUCUCAGAAGUGGGCAUCUUAAAACUGGCACUUCAGGAAGCAACAAAACAAGUGGAGGAUGCCCACAAAAAGGUUAAGGAUUUGGAGAACAACUUUCACAGGGCUCAAGAGGAAGCUAGUUCUCUGCAAACGAAUUUGGAAGAGUGCCUUGCUGAGCAAGGCAACCUCCAGAGUGCAAACAUCAACUUAACACAUUUGUGUCAGCUGCUGGAACAGAAAACUAAAGACCAAAGCACGGCUCUUGACUCACUCCGGGAGAAGCAUUUUAAAGGUUUGUCAUGUGCAGUUCUUUGCCAGAGCUGUGGAUACCGUGAUGGUUCAACAGUAGAUGAAGAAAUAAAAACAGAAGAGAAGAUAAUUUGUUGCUACCAAAGAUUUGGCAACCAAGCAAGCCAGCUUUUUGACUUGUCCCAGUCACUCCACUUAAGAUGUUGGAACUCACAAUACACUUCACUCUUAGAUGCAUUGGCUCUUGAGUCUCUCCAGUUGAUUAAGAGAAGUUCUGUGCUCAGGAGCACUGGAAAUACCAGAACCAAGCCUAUGUCUGAAACAGAGUAUCUGAAAAAUGGGUCUAUCAUGGAUGUGAUACUGGAGGGGCAAAAGUGCCACAACCACUCUGUUAACCACCAGACGGGUGCAGACAUUGCCUCAGGUGCAAGCAUGGAUGCAGACUUGACCAAGGAGAGUAAUGCUGAGCCAUUGACAGACCUUGUAUCAAGUGAACCAAGUCCCUCUGCGGAGGCCUUUCCCACUGCUUCAGAAUGCACUAAUGGGUCAAAAGAUAUGGAUCCUCCAGUACCACAUACCACAGAGGGAGAAGUUUCUGAGGCUGCUUUAGCAGUGACAGAGGAGGAAGCCUCUGCUGAUGCAAAAGAGGAAACUAAGCAGGAAACUCUACACAAUCUUGCUGGAGGUUCUUCUUCACCUGAGAAUCUCUCCAGGAUCACUAUGUGUAGAAAUAAGCAGAAGACCAAUGUGUCUCCCAGUGAGAAGGAAGUGGAGGCAGAAUUUUUCCGACUGUCUUUGGGGUUCAAAUGUGACCUCUUUACCCUGGAGAAGAGAGUCAGACUGGAAGAAAGAUCCCGGGACUUGGCUGAAGGAAACCUAAGGAAGGAGAUUGCUGGUGCUUUGAAACUGCUUGAUUCUCUGGCCUCUCUAAGUGAAGAUAACCAAGUGCAAGAGAUAGUGAAAAAGCUGCAGAAGAGCCUGGAGCUUCUGAACCAGUAUGCUACCAGGAUUGCCAGCAAGGGAGAGAUGCUGGGAGCCAUACAUCAGGAGAGCAGAGUCAGUAAAGCGGUAGAAGUGAUGAUCCAGCAUGUGGAAAACUUGAAGCGUACAUACACGAGGGAGCAUGCAGAGCUGGAGGAGCUGAAGGAAUUGCUGCUGCAGAAUGAAAAAUCCUUUGGCUCUCUUGGUGAUCGAGAUGAAUCUUCCAUUAAAAAGCUCUCUGGUUCUCUAAAGCCAUCAUCUCUACGCAGAGUUAGCAUUGCACCUAUGCCUAGGAAUACGUUAAAGGCUGUCACUGUUUUGCCACUGGGUCAGCUAAAUGAAACUGAUGGAAGUGAGAGGACUGAUAAAUUCAACAGACGCUCAAGCUGGGGCUUAGUAGGAGCAAAACAAGGUGAGAAGCGGCCUUUGCUACAGCGCUAUGUGAGUUCACCUUCCUGGACAGAGUCAGAGGAAGACCAGCCUGAGCCAGAAAAUGUCCCCUUGGAACCAGCAGUUUCAGAGCUACGGGGAAACAAGGCACAGAAGAUGAGUGAGAAGGAAAACAACCCACCCAAAUGGAGGCUGCAUUCAUUGAGUGUCCUCAACUCAAUAAAGUUCUUAAGUGGCAACGUGGCGUCUUAAGAGUAUGUUAGCACCUUAGUAGCAAGGAGAAGGUGGUACACUGCAUCUAUGAAAAGGUAGUGGGUAUGAUUGACUCUCUCCAUCCC